AUGAAACCUUUCCUUCCUGCAGCAUCAUGUAUCUGGGUGGGGGUGGCCUUAUGUUUGGCCACGCCCACCCUCGCAUUUUCCCAUGGUGCAGGCCACGCCUCCUGCCAGGGAAUGAGGCCGGGUCACAUCCGUGCUCAGCCCCAGGAGCAGCAGCACAGCCACGUUAUCCUGCGGACGUCUGCCUCCUACUACCUGCCAGGCCAGCUAGCCCGAGGUGCCGGGGGGCCAGAGGGGGGGUCCCGGCUGGGAAUGAGUGGCUCCUGGUCCCUCACCCCCCCUGGGACGCACACCUUGGGGUGCUUCAGCCCCGGCGACAGCCUCACCCACUCAGACAAACAGCUGAAGAGGAACCUGUCCUUUGUUUGGAGAGCUCCAGACCACCCCCUGGGCGACAUCCAGUUCUAUAUCACAGUGGUACAGUCCUACUUUAUCUACUGGGCAGGGAUUAAGUCUCCAGUGGUGCAUGAUGGGAACAGAAGUUUCCAGAAUAGCAGUGACACCAUAAUGUCGAAUAGAAGCAGGCCACUGUCUGAACUACUGGAAGAGGAACAUCCUGUUCCAGGUGAGUACACACACAGACACACACACACACACACACACACACACACACACACCAAUACCACACCUAGCCAAACCAACAUCCCCACACCUAGCCAAACCAACAUCACCACACCUAGCCAAACUACUACCACGCCUAGCCAAACCAACAUCACCAUACCUAGCCAAACCAAUACCACACCUAGCCAAGCCAACAUCACCACACCUAACCAAACUAACAUCACCACACCUAACCAAACCAACAUCACCACACCUAACCAAACCAACAUCACCACACCUAACCAAACCAACAUCACCACACCUAACCAAACCAACAUCACCACACCUAGCCAAACCAAUACCACACCUAGCCAAACCAACAUCACCACACCAAGCCAAACUACUACCACACCUAGCCAAACCAACAUCACCAUACCUAGCCAAACCAACAUCACCACACCUAGCCAAACCAACAUCACCACACCUAGCCAAACCAACAUCACCACAUCUAGCCAAACCAACAUCACCACACCUAGCCAAACCAACAUCACCACACCUAGCCAAACCAACAUCACCACACCUAGCCAAACCAACAUCACCACACCUAACCAAACCAACAUCACCACACCUAGCCAAACCAAGAUCACCACACCUAACCAAAUCACUACCACACUGAGCCAAACCAACAUCACCACACCUAGCCAAACCAACAUCACCACACCUAACCAAACCAACAUCACCACGCCUAGCCAAACCAACAUCACCACGCCUAGCCAAACCAAUUCCACAACACGUAGCCAAAGCAACAUUUCCACACCUAGCCAGACCAACAUCGCACCUAGCCAAACCAAAAUCACAGCACCUAACCAAACCAACAUCACCACGCCUAGCCAAACCAACGUCACAACACGUAGCCAAAGCAACAUUUCCACACCUAGCCAAACCAACAUCACCACACCUAGUCAAACCAACAUCACCACACCUAACCAAACCAACACCACCACACCUAACCAAACCAAUAUCACCACACCUAGCCAAACCAACAUUACCACUCCUAGCCAAACCAUCAGCACAUCAAGCCACACCAACAUCAUCACACCUAGACAAUCCAGCAUCACCACACCAAGCCAAACCAUCACAGCACCAAGUCAAACUACCUCCACUCCCCUCAGCCAAACCAGCAUAGCCACCAAAUCUAGCCAAACAAACACAACAUCUUGCAUUACUACCAAUUCAGCUAAACGAACAAACACCACACCUAGCCAAACCACCAUAACACCUAGCCAAACUACCCCCAACACACAAAGCCAAACCACCACAGCACCGAGCCGAAACAGCACCACACCUAGCCAAACCUCUCCGACCCAAAUUAAUCCGAUAAUAACUAACUGGGGCAAUCCCCAAACCAGAACAAAUCCACCAAAACUUCCGCCAAUCCCCAGACAUCACCAUAUUCAGGCAAUAACCUCCAAGCUGAAUGUUCUGGUGGAGCCCAUCCCAGAGAGUCCUUCGACAAUACUCCCACAUUACCCAAAUGUACUUCAGCGUUCUUCAGCCCAACUCAGCUCUGACCUUUCUCACACAAGCCAACCCAUAAGGAAACUACCUGAGCCUGGAUCCCUGGACCACAUGAACCCAUCCCAACCUCAGCCAGGCAGACCAAGCACUGCAAGUGGAGCCGACAUCCAGCCCCCGGAGAUCACUGGGACGGGCUCACAACAAACACCCCUGAACUCCAAACCUGCGGGGUCUGACACUCUCCAUGGUGAUGUUACAGCAGAACCAAUCGGAUCCAAGAAGCAAGAGUUGGCUCCUGCCAUCGCUGCUGUAUCGCCUCUUCCCUCCUUCACUAGUCCCUCAUCCCUUCCUGUCUCGCCUUCUCUCGAUCCAGACAAAGUAUUGUCGCCAAAUUCCUCUUCCUUUCCAAACAAUCAGGUCACCUCUCCAGCGGACCUUCUCCCGCUCCUCUCCCCUCACCCCCUGCCUCUUCCUCCUGGUUCAUCCCUCGCCUCCUCCUCCUCCUCCCCAGCAGCUCCUCCCUCCUCCUUUCCACCUUCAGAGCCGGCCCCUGCUCCUCUGCGAUUGCUCCCUCACCCUCUCAACCCUGUCCUCACCCCCUCGUCACCGCUCGACCCAGAUCAGAGGUCGCCAAUUCAGACACAAGCAUUCAACUCCCAGAAUCCCCUUCUCCCUGACUCAGGGGGAAAUCCAUCCGAAACCCGCUUAGGUCCAGAGUCCCUUCCAGACCCAGACCUCGAACCUCGACCAGACCCCCUGAAGCCCAAACCAUCAGCUCCAGAGAAGGAGGGGAAGACCCCGAGUACCAAGCCUGGAAACAGGAGCUGGGAGCUGGGCAUGCUCCUGGGCAGCUGGGCCGGGCUCGGGCUGGCUCUGGUCGUGGCCGUCCGAUGUGUUUACCAGCACUGGUGUGGGAAGCAGACAGAGCUAAGACUGAACACCAGAGAGAGAGAAUACGAGAGAGGAGAGAGAGGACUGAUCCACGUCCAGGAGUGUGGAGACCUUGUCAGAGUUCGCAGAAUCAGAGAAAACAGCUUUGUGCUCCUGGCUGAGUACGAUGUACGGACACCUGCUGAGCAUUGAUGGACACACAAUUACUGAUAGAGGUUAAGGCCAGGACAACCAAGUGAUGGUUACCUGGAGAGCAACAAACCUACCAGACACUUUUACUAAGAUCAAACUAGAUGUUUAGAGCAGGACCUCCAGGAGAUGGUUACCUGUAGAGUAGACUAACUUACCAGACACUUUUACUAUUUAACCUGAUUAAACUAGAUAUUUAGAACAGAACCUCCACAUGAUGGUUACCUGUCGAGUCUACUAAAUUGCCCGAAUCUCUAAUU